AGCAGCAGCAGCAGCAUCACGAAUAGCAGCACGAGCAACAGCAGCAACAGCAGCACCACCAUCACCACCACGAGCAGCAGCAGCAGCAGCAGCAACAACGCAGCAGCAGCAGCAGCAACAACAACAAACAGCGGCAAAGCGAAGAAGUCGUCAGCAGGCUUGCGGAGACCGGAGAAGCCUCCUUACUCCUACAUAGCCCUCAUCGUCAUGGCCAUCCAGAGCUCGCCGGGCAAGCGUCUCACCCUGAGCGAGAUCUACCAGUUCCUCCAGAACCGAUUCCCCUUCUUCCGCGGCGCCUACCAGGGCUGGAAGAACUCGGUCCGGCACAAUCUGUCGCUGAACGAGUGCUUCAUCAAGCUGCCCAAGGGACUCGGACGUCCGGGCAAGGGCCAUUACUGGACCAUCGACCCGGCGAGCGAGUUCAUGUUCGAGGAGGGGUCCUUCCGUCGAAGGCCACGUGGAUUCCGCCGCAAGUGCCAGGCGUUGAAGCCGGUGUACGGCCUCAUCAAUGGAUUCGGCUUCAACCACCACCACCACCACCACAACCACGCCGUGCUGUCCCCGGGAUUUGACUAUCAGCAUCACCAGCAACAGCAACAGCAACAACAGCAGCAGCAGCAGCAUCAACAUCAUAACCACAGCAGCAGCAACCCGCACCCGGUGCACCACCACCACCAUCAUCACCACGGUGGUGGUGGUGGUGGUGCAUCUAUGAACGGGCUGUCUGGUCGAGCCUCGCCCGUGUCUGCCGUGGCAUACGACGUGGGUUGCGCUGGUGCGACAACUUUAGACUACCUGCAGCAGUACAGCAACGUUGCUUCGCCCGUAGGCAUCGACCAAGCGUCGGUGUACGCGUCCAGUAGCGCGCUCCAUCAUCAUCAUCAGCAACAACAGCAGCAGCAUCAGCAGCAGCAGCAUCAUCAUCAGCAGCAGGAUCACGACGCCGGACAUACCUCCCCGCUGGGGCAGCUGUGGAUGCAAGGAGGCGGCUCAGUGUUGAUGUACGGCAAGGCGGCUAUGCAGAUGUCUUCGUGUGACAGCGCUCAGCAGCAACAGCAGCAGCAACAGCAGCAGCAGCAGUUUGGAGGACACAUGGAGCACAUGUAUGGAGGGCACGAGACGUUGGAUAUUCCAGAGCGGUGUUCUUCUGGAACGCAGCAACAACAACAACAACAACCACAACUACCGCCGCCGCCGCCGCUGUCGUUACAGGAGAACAGACUUCACGCGCGUCCCAGACACUGUUACGGAUUCGUUUAAUCCGGAAGAUCCUUUCCCGAGGACAUUUCGCGCAUUUCUCUUUGACCCUCGACCCGUUCGCGGGAUUGUAAGAACGCACAUCAGCGCGCGCGCGUGCCCCCUGUUACGUCGGUUACGUCCCGUGGAUCAUUGCGCUAGCCGGUAGUGCCUUACGCCGAGUAAAUGGAGACCGCUCCAGGCCAAAGCGUGUACAGCGGCAAGCACCACGGGCGCCGGGGCUGAGAAACAGGUCCGGGCCCCUCGAUCCACUCACUGCUGGAUGAGAACCCACCGAAUGGUGAAGUAUUUGACCAAACUUCACCAGCGGAGUACAAUAAAGACACCGAUCCCACGUGCAGCAUGCACAAGACUGGCGGCGGACAGGAUGAUGUUAGUGGCGAGUUAGCAGGACCGAUGGAGGCCGCGCACUGUGUGGCACACGAGGGAGAUGGGUGGUCGGAACCACGCCCGGCCGCCUUUGUCUCCCCGGUGGCGAUUUUUUUUUGUUACACAUCGCGCAAGGUUACUCAUUUGAGGCUGAGUCGACCUAGGGGGGAGGCGCACGGCCGAUUCAGAUAUUAUCGGUGUUGGUGGUCGGCCGUGAGCAACAAUCGAACUCGGCUCGCCAGGUUCUUAACACAGCGGUGCACAUAGAGGUACAGUACAGCAUAGGGGUACAGUGCAGCAGAGCCUUGGAUUUGCUGUUGUAGCAUACAGCAUGGUCCAGCGCUGUCCCAACAGCGGCGAGGAGAUGUUGACUACCUCGCCUGGAACGCAGGAGGUCGUGGGUUCGACCCCGACCCUGACGAUGCCUUCUG